AUGUUACCAUUUGCUUGGCCUUAUCCUCCAGAACAAAAAAAUGGAUUUUGGGGAAUACCAACAUCAACAAUUGAUUGGUGUGAAGAAAAUUAUGUUGUUUCUACAUAUAUAGCAGAAGCUUUAAAUACAGUAACAAAUUCAGUAUUUAUAACAUUAGCUUUAUUUGCAAUAUUACAAGCUUAUAAAAAUCAUUUAGAACCAAGAUUUAUAUUUACUGCAUUUGGAUUUUUUUUAGUUGGAGCUGGAUCAUGGAUGUUUCAUAUGACAUUACAAUAUAAAUAUCAAUUAUUAGAUGAAUUGCCAAUGAUUUAUGCUACUUGUAUACCUUUUUGGUCUGUUUUCAGUGAAAGAAAAUCAAAAAAUGAAUCAAUUCUUAUAGGUAUUGGAAUUUUUACAGCUGCAAAUACUUUAACUGCUAUUUAUUUAUAUUUUAGAGAUCCAACUAUUCAUCAAGUUGCUUAUGCUAUAUUAAAUGGUUUUAUAAUUGUUAAAUCUAUAUAUUUAACUAAAGAAAAUGUUUAUGAUAAAAAAGCAGUAACUCAAUUAAAUUAUUGUGCUGUGUUUGGAGUAGGAAUAUUUUUAUUUGGUUAUUUUUUAUGGAAUUUAGAUAUUCAUUUUUGUGAUCAAGUAAGAAUUACAAGAAGACAAUGGGGUAUUCCUUAUGGUUUUAUAUUAGAAGGUCAUGGAUGGUGGCAUAUUUUUACAGGAACAGGAGUUUAUUUUUCAUUAAUUUAUGAAGAAUAUUUAAGAUGUUUUAUGACUGGUACUGAAAAAUUUUAUAAAUUUAAUUGGCAAUAUGGUUUACCUGUUGUUACUUGUAUAAAUCCUCAAGGGUUAGAGAGAUAUAGAUCUGUUCAAAAAUUAAAAAUUGAAGAUGAAAAAAAUUUAAAAAAAUCACAGUAG